GUGUACUAGUAGAAGAUAAACACACGGCGGCUUCGUCUCCGUGCGUUUCGCAAAUGGCCGUCACUUUAGUUACAUCCGUUGCUUCUUCUUCUGCUCGAUUCCAUUUCCGUUCCUUCUCUUCCUCUCCGUCACCACUCUCCUCGAGUUUCCUCCGAUUCCGGUUACCACUCGCUCUCGCCGUAACGCCUCUUUACCAUUCUUCUAGAGGAAGAGCCAUGGCCCACACACUCGCACAAGCUACUCUCGGCUUCACUCAGGCCAACUCCGUCGAUCAUCCAAAGGUCUCAUUCGCGGCGAAGGACAUCGACGUGACGGAGUGGAAAGGUGACAUACUCGCCGUUGGCGUGACGGAGAAAGACAUGGCCAAGGACGUGAACUCCAAGUUCCAGAAGCCGAUACUGAGCAAGCUCGACGCUCACUUGGGUGGACUUCUUGCUGACGUCUCUUCCGAGGAAGAUUUCUCCGGGAAACCAGGACAAUCAACUGUUCUUAGACUCCCGGGUCUCGCGUCUAAGCGUGUGGGUCUGAUUGGUCUUGGAAAAUCCGCCUCGUCUCCUUCGGCUUUUCAGAGUCUCGGCGAGGCUGUUGCUGCAGCUGCAAAAGCUUCUCAAGCUAGUAGCGUUGCAGUUGUUCUCGCCUCCUCAGAGUCUAAUGAAUCGAAGCUCACUUCUGCUUCAGCUAUUGCUUCAGGAACAGUGCUUGGUUUGUUUGAAGACAGCAGGUAUAAGUCUGAGUCAAAGAAACCAUCUCUCAAAUCUGUGGAUAUCAUUGGCUUUGGAACUGGACCUGAACUAGAAAAGAAGCUUAAGUAUGCUCAAGAUGUUUCUUAUGGCGUGAUUUUCGGGAGGGAACUCGUUAAUUCACCAGCCAACGUUCUCACCCCUGCUGUACUAGCUGAGGAGGCCUCAAAUCUGGCUUCCAUGUACAGUGAUGUCAUGACUGCAAACAUCUUGAAUGAGGAGCAAUGCAAAGAGUUGAAGAUGGGUUCUUAUCUUGCUGUUGCUGCUGCUUCAGCUAAUCCACCUCGUUUCAUCCACCUUGUCUACAAACCUUCUAGUGGCCCUGUCAAGACCAAACUUGCUCUUGUUGGAAAAGGAUUGACAUUUGACAGUGGUGGCUACAACAUUAAGACCGGACCAGGUUGCUUAAUUGAGCUCAUGAAAUUUGAUAUGGGAGGUUCAGCUGCUGUUCUUGGCGCUGCGAAGGCCAUUGGUCAAAUUAAGCCUCCCGGUGUUGAGGUGCACUUCAUUGUCGCAGCGUGUGAGAAUAUGAUAAGUGGUACUGGAAUGAGACCUGGAGAUGUCAUCACAGCCUCAAACGGAAAGACAAUUGAGGUUAACAACACAGAUGCCGAAGGGCGACUAACACUGGCAGAUGCUCUGGUUUAUGCUUGCAACCAGGGCGUCGAUAAGAUUGUUGACCUUGCAACGUUGACUGGAGCUUGUAUUAUUGCUCUUGGAAAUUCCAUGGCAGGCAUAUAUACGCCUAGUGAUGAGCUUGCAAAGGAGGUAAUUGCUGCAUCAGAAAGAAGCGGGGAGAAGCUAUGGAGAAUGCCGAUGGAAGAGAGUUACUGGGAGAUGAUGAAAUCAGGUGUUGCAGAUAUGGUUAACACUGGAGGCCGUGCAGGUGGAUCAAUCACCGCGGCUCUCUUCUUGAAACAGUUUGUGGACGAGAAGGUAGAGUGGAUGCACAUAGAUAUGGCUGGACCGGUGUGGAACGAGAAGAAGAAAGCUGCGACCGGGUUUGGAGUUGCGACUCUCGUUGAGUGGGUACAAAACAAUUCUUCUUCGUAAAGAUGAAACCUCAUGAUCAGAGACCAAUCAUUGUGCCCCCGAAUAAUUUACUUUAGAUAUUGAUGGGCUUAUUCCGUUCUCAUUGUUUUCCUUUCCUUUUGGCGUCUCCUUGUUAUGGAGAGUCUUCAUAUGAACGCAUGAUCUAUGAUAGAUAGUGAGAUAAUAUUUCAAAGAAACAAAAACUUGGGGUUUUUUUGGAGCAGAA